UUUUUCAAUUGUAUUGAAGUGACAUUUCGUCAGCUUCAAAACACAUAGUAAUAAUUUUUCUGUGAACUAAAUAAAUGAAUCAAUAUUAUUAAUUUAAAUGCAGAUAUAAAUGAAAAAUAAUUUCUAACGAUUGUUGGGCCUAAAAUAUUUAUUGUGCCAGUAACUUAAUCAUUACAUUGGUGUUAAACAAAAAUAUAUAAAAUGUCCAAUAAUUCCAUGGGGCAAGCAUCUAACAUGCCAACAAUAGGUGCAAUAAACACUCAAGGGAUACAAUUUGUCAACAAUCCGCUUCAGAGCCCACAGCUACAAAAUACUUCGAUACAAGGAUCACCUUCACAGCACAGUCCAAUGGGUACACAGGCGCAAGUAAGCGGGAAAGUAAAUCAAACAGGUGGAGGCGAUCAAACAACUCAGCUUCUCAGUAGACCACGACUGCAGGAGCUAGUAAGAGAGGUGGACCCCACUGUGCAAUUAGAUGAAGAAGUUGAAGAGAUGCUCCUUCAGUUGGCCGAUGACUUCAUUGAUACUACCUUAAAUGCAGCUUGUUCACUUGCAAAACACAGACAUGCUCCGACUGUGGAGCUAAAAGAUGUGCAAUUACAUUUAGAGCGACAAUGGAACAUGUGGAUUCCUGGUUUUGGAAACGACGAACUGCGACCAUACAAACGCGCGGCAGUCACUGAAGCUCAUAAGCAAAGAAUGGCUCUAAUCAGAAAAACUAUUAAAAAGUACUAAUCAGACUGUCCUUUAAAUGAUAAGUUACAUAUAUCAAUAAAGAUUAUCUCAAUGUAUUAUGGUAGCAUUACUUCUAUAAUAAAAGACUAUUUUAAAACA